GAGGAGCCUAGCGUCGCGGGCACCGAAGCGCCGGAAGUUGUGCUGUUCGUGAAUGGAGGCUUUUCCCUGGUUGGCUCCCCGAGGUUAUGCUUCCAAUUUAGAAGGAAUCCCGCGACCUGUUUUUCAUCCCUGCUUCCCCUUCAGACUUCCGAGAUGUCUGUGAUUCCUGCGGAGGAGAGUGACCAGCUACUGAUCCGACCCCUUGGAGCUGGGCAAGAAGUCGGAAGAUCAUGUAUCAUUCUGGAGUUCAAAGGAAGAAAGAUAAUGCUGGACUGUGGGAUCCACCCUGGCCUGGAAGGAAUGGACGCUCUUCCUUAUAUCGAUUUAAUUGACCCAGCUGAGAUUGAUCUCCUCUUAAUUAGUCAUUUCCACCUGGACCACUGCGGAGCUCUGCCCUGGUUUCUGCAGAAGACAAGUUUCAAAGGAAGAACAUUUAUGACCCACGCCACAAAAGCCAUUUACAGAUGGCUUCUUUCCGAUUACGUCAAGGUCAGCAACAUAUCGGCGGACGACAUGCUGUACACGGAGACGGACUUGGAGGAGAGCAUGGACAAGAUCGAGACCAUCAAUUUUCACGAAGUGAAGGAAGUCGCCGGGAUCAAGUUUUGGUGCUACCAUGCGGGCCACGUGCUCGGAGCUGCCAUGUUCAUGAUCGAGAUCGCGGGCGUGAAGCUUUUAUAUACAGGUGAUUUCUCAAGACAAGAAGACAGACAUUUGAUGGCGGCUGAAAUCCCGAACAUUAAACCUGAUAUUCUUAUCAUUGAGUCUACCUACGGGACCCAUAUCCAUGAGAAGCGCGAAGAGCGGGAAGCGAGAUUCUGCAACACGGUCCACGACAUUGUCAACAGAGGGGGCAGAGGCCUCAUCCCCGUCUUCGCUCUCGGAAGGGCUCAGGAGCUGCUCUUGAUUCUAGACGAGUACUGGCAGAACCACCCGGAGCUGCACGACAUCCCCAUUUACUACGCAUCGUCUUUGGCCAAGAAGUGCAUGGCUGUGUACCAGACGUACGUAAACGCCAUGAACGACAAAAUCCGCAAACAGAUCAACAUCAACAACCCCUUCGUGUUCAAACACAUCAGCAACCUCAAGAGCAUGGACCACUUCGACGACAUCGGUCCCAGCGUGGUGAUGGCCUCCCCGGGCAUGAUGCAGAGCGGUUUGUCCAGAGAGCUCUUUGAGAGCUGGUGCACCGACAAGAGGAACGGCGUCAUCAUCGCGGGGUACUGUGUGGAGGGCACGCUUGCCAAGCACAUCAUGUCCGAGCCCGAGGAGAUCACCACCAUGUCCGGGCAGAAGCUGCCGCUGAAGAUGUCGGUGGACUACAUCUCCUUCUCCGCCCACACGGACUACCAGCAGACCAGCGAGUUCAUCCGCGCCCUGAAGCCGCCCCACGUGAUUUUAGUCCACGGAGAGCAGAAUGAAAUGGCCAGGUUAAAAGCAGCCCUGAUUCGAGAAUACGAAGAUAAUGAUGAAGUUCACAUAGAGGUUCAUAAUCCUCGGAACACAGAAGCAGUGACCUUGAACUUCAGAGGGGAAAAACUGGCCAAGGUCAUGGGCCUUUUAGCAGACAAAAAACCAGAACAAGGCCAGCGGGUCUCAGGAAUACUUGUUAAAAGAAACUUUAAUUAUCACAUACUUUCUCCUUGUGACCUCUCCAAUUAUACCGACUUGGCCAUGAGCACUGUGAAACAGACCCAAGCCAUCCCGUACACCGGCCCUUUUAAUUUGCUCUCUUACCAGCUGCAGAAACUGACAGGUGAUGUAGAAGAAUUAGAAAUUCAAGAAAAACCUGCUUUGAAAGUGUUCAAAAAUAUUACUGUAAUACAGGAACCAGGAAUGGUGGUGUUAGAAUGGUUAGCAAACCCCUCCAACGACAUGUACGCCGACGCGGUGACGACCGUGAUCCUGGAGGUGCAGUCGAACCCCAAAAUCAGGAAAGGUGCCGUCCAGAAGGUCUCUAAGAAGCUCGACCUGCACGUGUACAGCAAGAGGCUGGAGAUCAUGCUGCAGGACAUAUUUGGAGAAGACUGUGUCAGCGUGAAAGACGGCUCUGCCCUGGGCGUCACAGUGGACGGGAAGACUGCUAAUAUAAACUUGGAGACUCGGACCGUCGAGUGCGAGGAGGGCAGCGAGGAUGACGAGUCCCUGCGGGAGAUGGUGGAGCUGGCGGCGCAGAGGCUGUACGAGGCCCUCACGCCCGUUCACUGAGGACCUUGCACACCUGGACAUGCUGGAACUUUUGUGUAGCGCUUGAACUUACGUCUGGUACUGAAGGUGAAAUACCCAGUUCCUCCGGGGCCUGCUCACACUGAGGCCACUUCUAGGCACGUGUGCAGGCCGCAAUAAAGCCCUAAGUCUGUUCAUGGCGACUGAA